CAUUACGAACACCGCGAGUCAUCUAUUUCGGUUGUAGCGCGCGAACCGUUGAUUCGUCCGCAACAGUGUUGCCGAUGAUCGCGCACAGACUGGACGUGCGUGUUGGUUGAUUUUGCAUUGUGCUUUGUUGUUUCACUGCUGCAACCGGCCCGUGAAUUGUGAAGCUGCUCUGAAGCUCCCAGCUCGGCGGGGAAAGCUUUGUUGCGGCCCAGUAUUGGACACUGAUCGGUGAAUAUCCGAAACAGCAGCAGGGUUUAAGUGAUGCUGCAGUUAUGAUUUGCUGUACGAGAUUGUGAUGUGUUUGGCGAACAUUUUAUUCCCAGUGCAACCGGUGUUUUUGAGUUAGCGUCGAACAAAAAUCUGUUGAUGUGUGCUGUUAUUAAUGUUCAUGAAUAUGCAUGAUCGAUCGGUUUUAGAAGAUGCAUCAAAAGCAAAAUUAACAUAUCGUGAAAUUAGUCACAAAUACAACCAAGAAUGAGAAGCAUAAUCACUUUUGCAUGUUCUACUUGGGUUGAGCGUGGCUUUCCCGGAACCGGUCCAAAUACUAUGACAAUGAACAACGUGUCUAAAGGGCCUAAGGGAGUUUAACCGGUUUGUGCGCGGCCGUUGUUAUAGCUAUCCGGUUUAGAUUUGUAGGUCGUUCUAAUAUGCCUAAUAAAAAUUCUUCCAUUUCAAAAUCUUUUAGCCCCAAAACAGUGUGUCCACGUGCAAAUUCUAUUCGUUUGGGGGACAUUUGCAAUGCAAAUGUUUCAAGAACAAGCCCAUCAAUAUGUCAUGGUGGACCCUUAAACAUGACGGUGGUGGAUCACACAAACAGGAAGCCAUUGUUUCGGUCGUAAAUAGGUUGCCGUGUGGGUUCGGAUGCGAGUGCUAAAUAUGUUUUUAUUUUAACGACUUCACCAUUCGUGUGCUAAACCUUGAAGCGACCAGUAAUUCCAAGGAUCGAGAUUUUUGUCACCCUUAAAACGCCAGCACAAAGAAACACAUUUACAGUGAAGUGUUACGUUAGGAAACAUACCAUUUCUGGGGUUCCAACAGUUGGCGCACGCUGACCGUAACGUAUAACCAUGGCCGAAAGAUUCGAAGGAAAGUCAUCUCAUUUGUCAGCAGUUCCAGCAACCGCUUCAUCUUAUGCGACGGACAUAACGCACCGCUAUCCGACAUUUCGCGAUGAGCCGUUCAAAAGUGUGUACAACUGGCUGGAGGGUAGACGGUAUGACGAUGGUGCCGAAGGUCUUUGGCGCAUCAAUGAUGGACUGUACAAUCUGGAAGAUUUUGCACGUAACCAUCCGGGAGGCACCGAGUGGAUACGUCUAACGAAGGGAACGGACAUUACGGAAGCAUUCGAAACGCAUCACCUCAGCCGACGGGCGGAACAAAUGCUUCCGAAGUUCUUUGUCCGGAAGGCAAAGCAGCCACGUAACGUCAGGCUAACGUUUCAUGAGCAUGGAUUCUACCGUACGCUUAAGCGACGCAUUAGCAAGCAGCUUGGCCAUGUGGAUCCCACUCCAAAGGAACACUCUCGUCGGAUAUUGGACGCACUGAUUGGAGCGGUACUGGUGACGGCUUAUCUCGCCAUAAGGCAUGAAAGCUUUACCAUUGGUUUAGUUUGUGCCAUUUGCGUAAAUGCAACCAUUAUUGCCGCACACAACUUUCUGCACCAGCGGGACAACUGGCGCAUGUACGUUUUCAAUAUUGCAUUUCUGAGUUAUCGGGAAUGGCGUGUGUCUCACGUGAUGUCGCACCAUCUGUAUCCGAACUCGGUGCUCGAUAUGGAAAUUUCUUCGUUCGAACCAUUCCUGUGCUAUUUACCGUGGGCGGAUCUGAAGAACAGCUUUCAGCGAUACGGUUCCUGGUUCUAUGGGCCGUUCAUCUACGGUUCGAUCUUUCUGAGCGAAUAUCUUAAGCGUUUGAUGGACAGCUUCAGUCAGGGAAAGAACCGGUUCCAUCUGGAUGAUCUCGUCCCAUUUUUCAUGCCUGCGUUCAUGUACGCUACCAAUCCGGAUCGGAUCGCACUGAUUCUACAAAUGUGGCUGUUUGUGGUGCUGAUGGCUAGUUUCUUCUUCGGUCUAAUCGGGUUAAGCGCUGGACAUCAUCACCCGAAAGCGCUCCAUUCCGGUGAUUUGUUUCCUAAUGACAUCGACUUUGGACUCUACCAGAUGGCAACGAUCGUCGAGCGGCGAGGCGUCGAAGGAUCGUUAUGGAAAGUGUUAACCACCUUUGGCGAUCACUAUUUGCACCACCUGUUUCCUACACUAGAUCAUGCGAUCUUGCCACAGCUGAACGGUGUCUUCCUGGCUACAUGCGAUGAGUUUGAUGUUGGUAAGCGGUUCAGUUCGUGGUUUUCGCAGUAUAUUGCUCAAAAUUUGCAGCUCGCUCGUGUACACGCCAAGCAGUACCAACCGCAAAAGUCACAGAAAAAAUCCAAAUCGAAAACAGAUCGGGUGAAUAGUGACACAUCUAGGGUUCGCAAAUCAUUACUGUCUGCUCACUGCAAGCGAACAACGAAUGGAAUGUUGGACAGGAAUUUGCAGAGAGUACAGAGAUAGAUAGGGGAAACUAUACGAACAUGUAAUCACACAGAGGACGUAAUUCUUCAUCAGUAAUAGUACCAAUUUUAGUUCGUGCUGUCACCAAAUCAGUUAAACAAAAGCCAGUGUGUCAAACUGCAGUUAGUUAUGAUUUUUUUAAACCGUAAACGUAAUAAAGAAACCGUAAAGGCGCCGUAAAUCCAAGCGUAGGUCAAACAGAGGGAUAUCUAUACCCUGAUGUAAAGAUUUUUAAUAAAUUAUCAUUAUUUCGCGUGUAUAACAUAUCUAUCACGGGUUUUUAUACAAAUUUAAAGCAAUAAAUUUUACACAUGAAUCGUGGACUAAUAGU